AUGUUGAGGUUGUGGCAGGUCCUGCUCCUGUGCUGGGCCACGAGUCCUGUGUGUCUGCCGUCCAGGGUCCGAAUCACCGGGACCCCGCAGGAGUGUGCAAAGGCUCCCUUCGUCCCCGGCUACAACCUGGGUGGAGAAGGCUUCGACAUCGUCACAAUGGAGAGAAAAGGCGCCUACGUCAUCGACACCGAAACAUGGAAGCUCGGCAACGACACCUGCAGGUUGUACCGGAACAGCUACGCCGACCAGCAGCUGCAGAAGGUCCCGGUGGCCGUGGUGGACUGGAGGACCCUCCCCAAGUGCAGUCUAAAGGUCUCCGGCACGGCCUACGAUUCUGUGGAAACCCUCGUCAACGACUCCACUUCAUCAGUGUCCAACGAUUGGAAAGUCGGCCUUGAAAUCCCUGCUGGUCCUGGUGCUGGCGUGGGAGGUUCCCACUCCAAGGAAGCAAAGUUUGGUAUGGAGAAGUCCAAACAAGACCACUACAACUUCUACCGCCAUUCUGUCUACUGCAGCUUCUACAGCUACAGAAUGGCAACCAAACCUCCACUGAGUCCUGAAUUUAAAUCAGACGUGAGCUCUCUUCCAUCCUAUUCACAGAAGACAGAGACGGCGUUUCUCAACCUGAUUGACACAUACGGGACACAUUACAUCCAGCAAGUGUCUCUGGGAGGACAAAUUAAAGCCAUCACUUCUGUCAGGACCUGCCAGGCGUCUCUGAGCGGUCUGACGGAGACAGACGUCAAAGACUGUCUCACAGUCGAGGCCUCUUAUAGCUUUAGCAGCGUUAGCGUUAAGGCCAUGGCUGCACACUGUCAGGCAGAGAAGAAGAAGCUCGGCCACGAUCAAAGCUUCAGCAGCACGUUUAGUGAACGCAACACCAAGGUGAUCGGUGGACAGAUCAACGAUGCUGACGUCCUGUUUCAGGGCCAAUCGAACCCCUCCGUCUACAACAACUGGCUUGUUUCUCUGAAAACAACCCCUGAUGUGGUUAAAUACAACCUAAAGCCGAUUCACACCAUCCUGCCCAGUGGUCACCCCGCCCAGGCCGGGCUGAAAGAAGUCGUAGAGAAGUACAUCGCCAAAAACGCUGUGUUGAAAAAAUGCUCUGAGACCUGUCAGAUCGGCCACAGAUCCAGCAAAAGGGAUCCUUGUGCUUGUGUUUGCAACAGUAAUCAGAAUGUCAGGUCCAACUGCUGUCCUGCUGGGAAAGGUCUCGCCACUUUAAAGGUCUUUAAACUCUACGCACAAGGCUUGUACGGCGAUAAGUGGACUAAGACAGACGGGUCAGUGGAGGUCAGAUAUGGGGAUGAUAAGGUUAGACGCACUAAUAUCAUCAAUAACAACGACAAUCCCAAAUGGUCCGAGACGUUUGAGUUCGGAGCCAUUCAGAUAAACAUGAAAAACCUGCUUAAAUUCGCUGUUUAUGACCAGGAUACGUACUGGAACAGCGAUCUGCUGGGGGAGUGUUCGUUUAAGCCGCGUCGUGGCGUAGUCAGCGAGGCGUGCAUGUUUAAUCACGGCACCUUCUUCUUCUCCUACGAAGUCGAGUGUGCACCAAGUCUCAGUGGAGACCAUUGCCAAGAAUACAUUCCCUCCGCUAUGAGUCCAUCUUUAGCCAAGGUCUUCUACACCAGAAACGGGGUCCUUCUUGGAGAGACAGGGUAGAUUAUACUGUA